AGCAGUUUCUGGAGGAUGUGUGUCGCCACACGAGACGACGCUUUACACACGGCGGACAGAAAACCCCAGAACUGCGACAAUGAAGCUUCUGUUGCUCAGGAUUUACACAGGGAAACUUACAUCUACUUUGGAGAGCGUUUGGCCCCGUUUAACGGACAGGUCAUAAAUGAGCAACCAAACCCGGAGCCUGAGCUCCACAAACACAAGACGACGGAGAGCAGAAAAAGCAGCUCUGAAGGUUUCACUGAAAGCAGAGCUCUGUUCACUACCACUGAAUCCCAGCACCUUGGCUACGGUUAUGGAGAGAAGGAGCCAAUGGGAAACAACAAUAACUUAAAGAUGCCAAUUAUAAAGGUGUCCGACGAGGACGUCAAAAACCUUGACAAUGAGGACCAAGGCUGCCAAGAGACCUCCUGCAAAAGAUCUCGCUCCAAUUCCACCAGCGUUCACCCGUACUGGAUCGGAGACUUGGAGACCAUCAUUAUGAAGACGCCGGAGCUUUUCCCGUGUUCCGCCCACAACACCGCGGCCUUUUACGGCAACAGGAAGAGUCUCUCACAGCAGCUGGAGUUUCCGCACAGUGUUCCGCAGGCUGUGGUUCGACCGUCUCGCUCUUUGAGUUCAGCGCAUUUAGUACCUUCCUGCAGCAGCGUUCAGGCCUUCAUCAUCUCUAACAUCGUCCUCAUGAAGGGCCAUGGCAAGGGUUUGGGCUUCAGCAUUGUAGGAGGCAGAGACAGCAUGUAUGGCCCCAUGGGGAUUUAUGUGAAGACCAUCUUUCCUGGAGGUGCAGCAGCUGCUGAUGGAAGACUACAGGAAGGAGACGAGAUACUGGAACUGAACGGUGAAUCUCUGCAUGGUUUAACCCAUGAAGAUGCCUUACACAAGUUUAAACAAGUGAAGAAGGGUUUGCUGACGUUGGUGGUCAGGACAAGUCUGCGGGUGGGCGCAGUGAUGGGCAGUCAUGGCCAGGUGUCUCAGCUCUGCAGAUCCAGAUCUCUGAGCUCCAGCACCGCUAUCAGUCGAGUCAGCGCUGAUCUGGGGGAAUACAACUGCCUGAAUAACCCAGCAAAGGCCCAGGACAGAGUCAUGAUGGAGAUCACGCUGCACAAGGAGAUUGGUGUUGGUCUAGGCAUUGGUUUGUGUUGUGUACCGUCUUCCGGCGGCUGUCCAGGAAUCUACAUUCACACACUGUCUCCUGGAUCUGUGGCUCACAUGGAUGGACGAUUAAGAUGUGGUGAUGAGAUCAUGGAGAUCAAUGAGACUGUGGUCUGCAACAUGACGCUGAACGAUGUGUACACGGUUCUGAGCCAGUGCAGCCCGGGCCCGGUUCAUAUCAUCAUCAGUCGACACCCCGACCCUAAAGUCUCUGAGCAGCAGCUGAACGAGGCCAUCUCUCAGGCGGUGGAGAACAGCAGAUUAAGGAGAGACAGGAGUCAGUGGAGUAUGGAUGGAUGUAACAGCAGUCUGAGGAAACCCGAGUCCUGUUGCCACAGCAGGCAGAAGUGCAUCCGCUGCGUGGACCGGAGCACCAGUCAACUGACCUGCAGACGAACACAGAAACCCAUGAUCCGCUCCUGCAGCGAAGGCGCUUACAGCCAACGCUGCUGCAUCCCAAACAGCACCACCACUCAAUCCUUCCUACACACAGACCACGUCUCUUUAACAACCAACAGUGAGACCUCACUCAAUAACACACUGUCUCAAUCCUCCUUCACUGAUGACGACUAUAACAUUCCCUACAAAUGUCCAGUGAACUUCAAUGGAAAGCAGACGUUUGAUGUGAACGCAAGUUCAAGACUAGUAAACCAGCCACGAAAACACUGCAGGCGGCAACAGGAAGUCAGCAGUCAGGAAGCAUUGAAUGUUUCAAGCGGCUCUAGUCGAGAUUCACCAGUUAAAGAGGAAGAGUUGAUGCUCUCGCAAAGCAACUGCCAGUUUUUCUGCAGUCUAUACAGGGCUUUGAGAAAGAUCUCAAGGCUUCUGUUUAAGAAUGAAGUGGUUGAACUUGCAGAAGUCGGAACUAAAGCAUCUGCCUGCAUCUCUGAGCCUAGAAGUGACUCAACACGCAGAGAGGACAGACUGCAUAAAGAUCCGGAGUGUUCAUCUCAAGUGUGCAGUUCGAGUAAGCGGGUCGGUCUGAGACGUCAGGCUCAUUUGGAGGUCAGCACAGAUCAACCACUUGACCCCUGGGUAAAGCUGACGGACAGUCCGGAGAAUCAGUCAUACUCCUCCAAAACCAUGAGUGACCAUAAUGGAGAUAGUGAAGUUAAUGGCACAGCCUCUGAAACCACAGAGUCCAAUUCUGAGCAAGCUACCGGUGUUAAAAAAGGGCCUCCGGUGGCUCCAAAGUCUGCACGAGUACGUCAAAGUAUAAGGAGCAUUAAGUCUGGGAAACCGAUAACAGAGGCUUUGAGGAACCAACAGGAUAACAGGAGCCACGAAACUGGCAGGAGCUUUAAGAUUAGUUCGAGAGCUGCUUCAUCAGGAGGCAAUUUGUCAAUCAGGCAGAAGAUCAGCUCAUUUGAGACUUUCUCAAGUCCUGAUGGCUCUGAAAGGCCAAGCUGGCGAAUGGCUCCAACUGCAUCUGUUCCUCCAACCGAGAAGACGACUAAAACCUCAUCUGCAGACUACAGCAAUGCAGAGAGAACCAGAGUUAACACAAGCAACUUGCACAAUAAUGAUUACUGCCAAUCUACACCAACAUUUUCAGCCACCACCCAGCCUUCAGAAGAGCAACCAGCUUGCCUCAUUUCAGAGUCCCAUCCUGAGGUAGAAAAACAGUCAACUUCUCAUGAUUCAGAGACCUGUAAGUCAAUCCCUGUUGAGGAACUUACUGUUGACCCUACAGAUGAGAUUACAACAGCUGUGGAGACUGAGCAAGAACUGGUUUCUUCUGAAAAGUCUUCUGCGGUGACUGAGCAAGAACCGGUUUCUUCUGCGGAGACUGAACAAGAACCGGUUUCUUCUGCAAAGUCUUCUGUGGAGACGGAGCAAGAACCAGUUUCUUCUGCGGAGACUGAGCAAGAACCAGUUUCUUCUGCGGAGACUGAGCAAGAAACAGGUUCUUCUGAAAAGGAUGUGCCCCCUCUAACCCACGUCCCAAGAAGAUCAAGCAGCUCAAAAGAGGCCCCUGGAGAAAAAGCAGAAGAUGCUCGGACUCAUGCGGUGAGCUUGAGGAGCAGGAGUUUACCCCUCAGUCCCUCUUCAGAUGCCCCUAUCUCAAGCGGCUUGGAGGGGGAGAGCUUGGGGAUCAUCUUGUCCUUUAGCAACCAAGUGUCCAGUGCGCUCAUGCGAUCCAUGCAGUCCCUGCCACAGUCCCCUUGUAUUCGUUUAGGAAACCCUUGGAGUGCCCCACCAGGAUCCCCUCUUCAUAACCCAAUAGAGGAAGACUCUGCUGCUGAAAACCCCCAUGCUUCGACAGCUCUGGAAAACAACGAGAAGGGUUUCUCUGUCAGCUUGGCUGAACUGAGAGAGCGUACCAUUGAGAGAGGAGAGGAGUGCAAGACGGACGAAUGGAAACCUGAACAAGCCCUCACUUCAGCCUCAGCUGCCUGUGCCCAAUCCAUGCUCUCAGUCCUUCCGCAACCGGAGAUCCAGCGGAUGAUUCAGGAAGUGAAGGAUCUGGAUGAAGACACGCUAAGGCAACUGGAAGACAUCCACGUUGUGAUUCUACAUAAAGAAGAAGGAGCUGGCUUGGGUUUCAGCAUCGCCGGUGGUAUUGAUCUGGAGAACAAAGCAACUACAGUUCACAGAGUGUUUCCCAGUGGCCUGGCAGCUCAGGAGGGCACCAUCGAAAAAGGAGAUGAAGUCUUGUCCAUCAAUGGCCAAACGCUAAAAAACGUGACGCACAGCGACGCCACAGCGAUACUCAGACAAUCACGCACACUGAAGCAGGCGGUGGUGGUGGUGUCCAAAAACAAAGAUGCAGAAGGCAAGAGCGCUAACGCUAACGAGUCCAGCUGCAGCGGUGGAGCCGAGAGCUGCAUUACAGGAGACGAUGGAGGUGAAGUUGUAACAUUUGAGCUGGAGAAGAACGCAGGAGGAGUUGGAUUCAGUCUUGAAGGAGGAAAAGGCUCGAUUAGUGGAGACAGACCACUAGCUAUCAACAGAAUAUUCACAGGGAGUGAUGCGGAACAGAAGGGGCUGAAGUCUGGAGACGAGGUGCUGCAGAUCCAGGACUCUUCUCUGCAGGGUCUCACACGCUUCGAAGCCUGGACUCUCAUCAAAAACCUCAAUGAUGGCCCGUUCACACUCAUCGUCAAGAGGAGAAGAUGCGAACAGAGCUAAAACUUCCCUCUAAAAGCACUUAGAGAAUAAUCAUAAAUUUACAACAUGUUACGAAGCGUCUCCAUUCAAUUCUUUUCAUCAUAAAAAAGGGUUCCCAUACCUUGAGGCUAAUAAAUUUUCAGGUCACAGUUUAUAAUAAGGUUUCAUUAGUUCAUUUAUUUACCAACAUGAACUAAUUAUGAACAAUACCUGUACAGCAUUUAUUAAUCAUAGUUAAACAUUUAUUAAUGCAUUAUUAACAUCCAAAUUCAUGCUUGUUAACAUUAGUUAAUGCAUUGUGCGUUUACAUGAACAAAUACUGUAAUAAAUGUAUUGUUCAUUGUUUGUUUAUAUUAGUUAAUGCAAGGGUCAUCAAUCUCAGUCCUGGAGGGCCAGUGUCCCUGCAGGGUUUAGCUCCAACUUGCCUCAACACACCUGCCUGGAUGUUUCAAGUAUACCUAGUAAGUGUUUGAUUAGCUUGUUCAAGUGUUUGAUUAGGGUUGGAGCUAAAAUCUGCAGGACACCGGCCCUCCAGGAACAGGUUUGGAGACCCCUGAGUUAAUGAAUAAAUUACAUUAACUAAAACAACCUUAUUGUUAAGUGUAACCAAAUUUACAUUCAUUUUUACCCAUUUUUGAGAACGUUAAAAUAAGGUUUCAUUAGUUUAUGGAUUAAUAACUAACAUGACCAAAUAACAAACAAUAUAUUACAGUAUUUAUGUUAAAGGGGACACAAGCCGUCUAAGGUUUUUAUUUUGUGCUCUUCUCCAAGGUCUACUAAUAAUAUUAUCAAGAUUUUCACUUCAAAACAUCAUAGUUUAGAUGUAAUUUGACUAUUUUCUGUGCUGUUUUUGCACUUUGUUUAUAUGAGGGCGAUGGAUUGUACACUGUAAAAGAUAUCUGUUAAUUAACAGUUUGCUUAUUUUGUGAUUCACAAGUGUUUUCUGUUUAUUUACGAUUGUAAUUUGCAUUAUAGGAUGUUGAUCUCUGCUGUCGACUUUUGAUGUUGAGAAUUUAACUCUACACUUUACAAAGUGACUUUUAUUGACAUUUUAGUAGCUUGAAAUAAUAUAAUGCAUAAGAAAUGAUAUAUAGAGAAAUAAGUAAAAUAACAGAAAAUGUACUGGCAAGUUUGUUACAAGGUUUUUGUAGCGUAAUAUACAACACCAACCCAGACAAUAUAUCACUUUAAACUAUUAAAAAUGUUCAUAAAAGUCAGUUUUUCCCAACUUUUCAAGGUUAAAAAUUGUUGGAAGAAAGGUCAAGAUCCCAUUAUGCAAUUCAAAAGCAUAAAAAAUGGCAUAAAAUAAAAACAUGAAUUACAAAAUACAGAAAACUGCAAAUUUAUGGAUAUUUUUUAUUUUUUACUGCUGUGAUUGGCUAAAAGUUUUGCAUAUUAAGUUAUUUAUUUGCAUAUUUAGUUCAGAAAAAAUAGGCGUUGAUCUUCUGCGGAGGCGGGGCUUAUCCACCCUAUGACAUCAUAGAUAAGCAUGUUCCAUUUCCUUUCGUUUUGUCAGACUACUUUUAAUAAAAGCUGUUUUUAGAGUAACAACGUUUUGAGCUCCGAAACUUGCAGGGUGCUUUUAUAGUACCAUGACCUCUUUUAUUUGAAAAUUAAUACAAUUUUGGUUUCUCAUUGCAUGAUCCCUUUAAAGUUACUUACUGAAAAUAAAGCCAUUUGUUGUUCGUUCUUGUUAACUCACAGUGCAUUAUCUAAAUCUAGAUUUGCAUUAGUAAAUGUUGGAUUAAUAACUGCUGCACAAGUAUCAUUCAUGUUUAGUUUCAAACAAGCCUGAAGGACUCAAUUAGUUUAGGUGUGUUUAAUUAGGGUUGAUAUUAAACUGUGCAGAACUGUGGCCCUCCAACUAACCUGUGUGUUAGUUCAACGUUAACUAAUGAAAUCUUAUUUUGAAUUGUGACCAAUUUUCUUAAAUGAGCCGGAUUUAAUUAAAUGACAUAUUUUAGAGUGGAGCAAGGAAAAUAUACAUUUACUAUUAAACACUUACAUGAUUUCUGCCCACUUCACAAUUGUAUAUUCCCCUUAUAUUUGCAGCUUUUUCCACUUGUAUUUGCAAGCUGAUUUAUACUUCUGCGUCAAGCGCAACAAUGCAUAGCGCAAGCUUUGUGAUUGGUCGGCUUGGUGGUGCUGACAAGUGUGAGCGGGACCGAGACCCACGCGAACCCAAUGGAGCGAGUGUUUACAAGUGUUGAGUUCCAUGAAGGAGCUCCAGAUUGUGUUUACCUUAUGAUUAAUGUUGUUGCAAGUCCGCCAGUUCGUGCCUCUGAAUGAGCAAGUUUGAUCUACUUGUAACGUUACAAAAAACAAAAUACCUGUGAAGAAACUUGGCACAAAGGAAUAUAAAAACCUGCUGCCAGCUUGCAUUUCGGAAGUGUUAUUGAAGAACAACACAAAGAGCACG